ACUGCUAACAACCACACGCAAGGGCCGAUGGGUAAUAAAACGUCAUAUUUACGUUCCGGAAGUCGGGUGAAGUUGUAGCAGGAAGUGCCGGCGUCAGACGGACAACGUGCGGGGAGCGGAAGCGUCACAGGACAGUAGGAGAAGAAACACAUCGAUCCAUCUGUUAUUGAUUAUCUGUCAAUGCCGCUGACAUGGAGUCGAACCCGCAGCCGCACAAACGCUUCAUCUGCUCGUUCCCCGCCUGCUCCGCCGCCUACAACAAACAGUGGAAGCUGGACGCGCACUUGUGUAAACACACGGGAGUGAGGCCGUACGCGUGCGAGCGGGACGGCUGCGGUAAGUCCUUCUGCACCCAGCACCACCUGCUCCGGCACCAGCUCAGCCACAGCGGGGACAGACCGUUCCCCUGCCCCGUGCCCGGCUGCUCCCAGGCCUUCACCACCAACUGCAACCGCACCAGGCACACGAGCCGCGUGCACAGCCAGGAGCAGAAGACGUACGUGUGCAGGUUCGAGGGCUGCGGGCUCGAGUUCAGGAAGAACAAGCAGCUGAAGUCCCACGUGUGUGAGCAGCACACGCAGCUGCCCCCCUACCAGUGCACGUAUGAAGGCUGCCACAUGCGAUUCACCUUCCCCAGCAAGCUGAAGCGCCACGAGAAGGUGCACAGAGGUUACGCCUGCGAGGAGGAGGGCUGCAGCUUCAGGGCCAAGACCUGGACCGAGCACCUGAAGCACAGGAAGGAGCAGCACAGGCCCGUCCUGAGGUGUGAGCAGUGCAGCAAGGUGUUCAGGGACUCGUGGUUCCUGCAGCAGCAUCAGCGCGUCCACUCUGACGUGCGGCUCGUCUUCAAGUGCCCCAGGGACGGCUGCGACAGGUCGUUCACCCAGAUCUUCAACCUGCAGAGCCACAUCAACUCCUUCCACGAGGAGCUGCAGCCCUUCGCCUGCACGCACCCGGGCUGCGGGAAGACCUUCGCCAUGAAGCAGAGUCUCCAGCGCCACAGCGUUGCACACGACCCGGAGAGGAGGAAGCUGAAGAAGCCGAGGAAAUCCAAACCCAGAAGAUCUCUUGCUUCCAAGUUGAGUGGUUACACAGAAGCAAAGAAGCUUCAGGAGCCUGAAUCGGGCUCCAGAGGGUCAGCUGAGAAAAGCUGUGAUCCGCCCGGCCCGGUGGAGCUGGUGUCCCUCCUGCAGGAUGCGUCCCUGCUGUACAGCCCGGCUGUGGUGGACACACAUGGACUCACCAGUGCCCUGACUACUCCUUUAUCAGUGUAGAGUUCACACCAGAAUGUGAACAGACAACCUUUAUAAUGUAAUUUCUUACCCGUUGUAUUAGGUUUGAGUGAGUGUCUGCGUCUCUGUAUGAGUGUUUGUGUACAAGUACUUCUGUUAAUGCUCUUUCUAAAAAAAAUGAAUUGAGUAUAAACUUGAGGUCUUCAUGCAGGAAUGUGUCUGGUCCAGGUGAUCCGUCCCUCUGUGUGGUGGCAACUGUAUUGUUCCUCUAUGAAUGUUUAUUCAUAACAUCAAUAUAUCUGUCAUUUGUAUUUAAGAGUAUAUUUUGUAUACAAUUUGUUUUGCUUUCAACACAAAAAUCUAACUUUCCAGAAGAAGUGUUUGAAUAAAUCCUGUGAAUGGAACGAG